AUUUUCUGUAGGCGUGAUCCGAUAAUUGUCUAUAGGCGCGAUCCGGUAAUUUUCUAUAGACGCGAUCCGGUGAUUUUCUAUAGGCGCGAUCCGGUAAUUUUCUACAGGCGCGAUCCGGUUGAUUGGUCGGUUGUUUUGCUGUUUUCCGCCACACUCAACAUUUUUUCAGUUAUCUGGUGGCGCCCAGUUUAGUGGAAGAGAGAACUCAGAUACAAUGUACCUUGGAAGAGACCACCGACCUUCCGAAAGUAAACUGGGAAACUUUCUCACUUACCGGUGCGAACGGGAUUCGAACCCGCGCCGACCAUAGGUGAGAGGCCGUGUGAUUUUAAGCGCAAUGCUUGAACCACUUGGCCACGGAGGUCCUUUCUGUAGGCGUGACCCGUUGAUUGUCUCUAGGCGUGAUCCGGUGAAUGUCUAACCGUGAUCCGGUAAUUGCACACACCUUGUCUACAGGCGUGAUCCGGAGAAUAUAGGACUAGAAAAAAGUUGUCCGAUUAUGUUAAUAUAAAUUUUACAGGGUCCACUCUGGGCAAUAUACGGUCAGCAUAUUAGAUUUUACGCACAGUCAUCUGUCACUGCACUCCAGAAUUUGAUAUUAUUAUCAAAUAUACGCACCAGUCAAGUGGUUAAGAUUAAUAAAAUAUACCGCUUAUGUCGAUAAUCAGAACAUCGCGCCGCUUAAGUCAAUAAGAAAAGGCAUUGCACAGGUCCCCUUAAGUCAAUAUGAAAUUGUUCUAUUGACUUUACGUUUGGCGCUAUGUUUGAGAGCGACCUUUGAUGAGUUUGAUAUUCAAACAUAACCGUUCUCAGCACCAAUCGAUUUUUGUACUCCAUAUUAUUUCUAUGUAUCGUGCUGAGGCGUCGAGCGUGUAUUGUGGAGCAGCUUGACGUUUUGCGAGUAUAUUGUAACAGUUGACGACAAGGCAGCCCUGUUCAUGGCAGAUCUCUGACAGAUUAUUAUAAAAUCCAGUUAUACAAAAUGCAGGACGAACUGUGAGACGGAGACUCGGAAUUAGCAAAUCAAGGAAAAAAGGGGGGAUAGAAAUAAGAUAAGCCCGCUGUGGGGUAGAGAUACGUCAGACGACACAGGGAUUAAUUUCUGAUCGCCAUUACACGAGAUUCUAGCGGACCAAGAUAAUAGUCAUUUUAGUUUUAAAAAGCAGAUUUGAUUGGCAUUACCUUAACAAAAAUAAACCCCCCGUGUAAUGAAGUAUUGAUUACGAAACAGUGUGUUUUAUGGUUCGCUAUGAGCGGAAAUUAGAUGACAACAAAAAGUUUGUGGUUGGACGUAGUUAUAAAGUUGUCUGUCGUGAACGUCGGCAAUGGACCGGAUAUCCGUGAACAGAUUCUCUUUCCGGCGGAAGGGAAGCCACAAAAGGAAUAAAGAGGAACAUCCCGAACCCGGGUUCGAUUUUGCAAAGUUAUCCUAUGUCAGCCAGGAAGAAGCACAGAAGAUAGACGAGGAACUAUUUUCUGAGUACGCGUUCAGUGUGGAACAGUUGAUGGAGCUCGCCGGAUAUAGCUGCGCUGUUGCCAUAGCAAAGUGUUACCCGCUGGAGAGAAUGACACGUGAUAACGGAGCUGUGCUUGUUUGCUGCGGUCCUGGCAACAAUGGCGGGGACGGGCUAGUGUGUGCCAGGCACCUUAAACUUUUUGGUUACAAACCGACAGUGUUUUACCCUAAGAGACCCAACAAGCCCCUGUUUGAGGGCCUCAGUAAGCAAUGCGAGGGAAUGGACCUGCCGUUCCUUUCCUAUUUCCCGUCGGAGCCCCACCUGAUUCACGACUCGUACAACUUAGUGGUAGACGCUUUAUUUGGGUUUAGUUUUAAACCCCCAGUGAGACCGACUUUUGCCAGCGUUAUUGAGACGCUUAGAAAAGUGGAUAUCCCAAUUUGCAGUGUGGAUGUACCUUCAGGCUGGGACGUUGAAAAGGGGGACCCAGAAGGCCUGCAACCGGACCUACUCAUUUCUCUCACCGCCCCCAAAAAGUGCGCCAAACUCUUCAAAGGCAAACAUCACUACUUGGGCGGACGGUUCGUCCCGAGGACGCUUGAACAGAAGUACGACCUUCAACUUCCGCCGUAUCCCGGAACUGAUUGUGUGGUCGAGCUAAAGACGCAAAACGCAUCAGAUGAGAAGACGAAUAACACGGGAGAGUGACAACACUGUAUUGUGACGUCAUUGGGAUUAAAUUGUACGAGGAAUUUGCAGAAUUCUUAAAAUAAACCAAUUUUCACAAAAAUUUAAA